UGAUCUUGUGCUUCUACAUACUGCAGUCGCCCUGAUGGCCCUGGCGAGGCUACCGGCGCUUUGCCAUGGCGGAUGACGACCUGCUGGAAAAGGUUCACAGCCUCAGCGACUUGGAGCUGGCCGUUCUGUUGUGUCUUGUCAAUCGAGAGCACGUCCUCAUCAGCACUCCGCCGGCCGCCAUUGAUGACCUGGUGCAAGAGCUUCAGCUGAUAGCAAGCAAGACAUACAGUCUCCAAUCCGUCGUCGUCAACUGCCAUCCGUCCACGACACUCGAAGACUUCGCCUCAGCUCUGCUUCUCCAGCCUCAGCAUACCCCCCUCAACUCCACCGCUGGGUCCAUCUCGCCAUUUGCACGGACAGAUUCAUACUUUGCGCUCAGCUCGCAUUCGAACCACCGAUCCUCCACACCGCUCAGCCCCCGAACUUUCCCUCUCUCUCCGCAGAUGGCCCACUUCGUCAUCGCAAAGAACCUCGACCGCGCCCCGCGAGUCGUCCAGAUCCAGGCCCUCGAAUUACUGCGCACGAGACGCAUCUUCACGCGCACGUCAGUGCAGGCGGCACCGAAGCAGUUUGUCUUUAUUCCUGUCUUGGGGGCCGCAAGCGGUGGUGAAGCACAUGUUACGGCGCAUCUCAAUGACUUCUUCGCGGUUGCGCAUUGGCAUAACCCAGAAGAUGGAUAUGUCAACCUAGACGAGGCUGAAGAUCGCAACAAUGGGGACGAUGAGACGGCAUCUACGGAGAGUGUUGUGAAGAAGGCUUCGAAUGACACAACACCAUCGACAGCAUUAAUAUCGGAUAUUGAAAUCAGUCAACUCGCAAAGCUAAGCCAGGAAGUCCAAAUCGAUAUCGACAUCCUCCGGUACCAGAUGAACAUCAUCGCCUUCCUCCGAAUGCACCGAGCAGUCGCCGGGGGCAUCACACCCGCGGCAACCAAGCAUCUCCACCAGCUCGUCAAAAGCCUCGCCCCUUUACACAAGCUUGAUUUCGUGACGCCUGCUCUUAUCGGGCUAGCUGUGAAAAAAGUCUUUCUCCACCGGAUACGCAUCACUGAGCCUGAAAAGGAGAGGAGUAUGCAGUGGGGGAGCCAGCUGGAGGCUGUGGAGGCUCUGUUGGAAGAUGUAGGCCCAGAGGAGGUAAUGGAAGAAGUCUUGGAAAUGGUCACCGCGCCUCUUUGAAAAUCUUGUAUUUGCUCCAUGUUGUUUCUUUCAACCCGAGCUAGCUUGUCGCUAAAGAAAAGACAAGCCCUUUUAGUAGUGUCCCAAGUAUACAUAAUAUAGGUAGAAUCCCGGAUUCCAAUGGCAUCAACACCGCAUUAAACAUACU